CUUCAAGUGUUCGAUUUGCAACCUGAUUCUGACGGCCAUGGAUCCUGGGACAUCGGAGCCCCGGUUGAGACACGAGCUUCGGGAUCAGGAUGCUGCCUGGUGCCUGGGCAGGUAUACUUUCUGGUGGGUGUGGCCAAGCAUUCGCGUGGCGAACGAAAAGGGCCGUCUAAGCCAAGAUGACCUACCUCUGCUGCCCAGGGCAGAUGAUCCAGAAUUGCUCUUUCAAAAAUGUGCAGCACUUUGGAAGAUGCAAAAGUCUGAAAGAUCUGCAAGAGAGAAAGACAGCGCCCAACUUUUGUGGUCCAUUUGCUGGAGAAUUCAACGGCGGGUCUUCUUGUAUUCAGUUCUGCAUGGAUGGACAUUUCUUUUCUUCAUGACCAUCGACCCAUUGAUGCUUCGUGUGCUUCUCAGUGCUGUGCAGGAUAUGGGCACUGUUAGCAUCGCCACUCAAUUUCUUUUGGUCGGAGCGCUCAGCCUAUCAAUGCUUGUUCGUGUCAGUUGUAUGGAGAUCUGUUUCUUUGCUUCCGUUCGGGUGCAGAAUAACGUGCGCUCUGUGUUGGUCCAUGCCAUUUUUCGGAAGUCACUAUGGAUUCCUGAACAUCUUUUGGAUGUGGGGAAGAUCGCCAACUUAAUGGCUACAGAUGCUGACAAGAUUGGCAAGUGGUCUGGGCUUCUGUUUGAGUUGUCUCAGUGGUCUUGGACAUUUUGUUCGCUACCUAUCUUAGUGUACUUCCUCUAUGGGUUGGUUGGCUCCGCGGCCUUUAUCGGCAUGAUAAUGAUCAUCCUGGGAGCUACAACUUCGAGGUCUUUGGGAUUGGCAUUGCAACAUUACACCCGGAAAGUUCAAGAUUGUCGCGAUCAUCGGGCCAGAUUGAUGAGUGAAAUGGUGAGGGGAAUGAGGACUGUCAAGCUGCAAGUGUGGGAGCCAGUAUGGCUUGAGCGGAUUAGUGAAGCACGAGGGCUGGAAAUGAAGGCAAUUUGUCGAGUGCGCAUCCUUCAAGCCUUCAACUCGCUUGUGGGGUCGGUGCUGAGCGUCAUGGUCCCCGUGAGCGUGUUUGCUUGGUACACUCUUGUCAAUCAAAACAACCUUACGGCGGCAACAGCUUUCACUGCACUUGCUUGGAUUACCACUCUGCAGUGGUCAGUUCAAAGCCUCCCUGGAAUCUACAAUACCGUGGCCAACCUGAAGCCAAGCCUCACCCGCAUUGAUGAUUUCCUCACGACUCCCAUCACUGAGCUCUCCACUCCUUACGGAGCACCAGCACCGAAUGGAGCUCUCCCGUCCUCCGUGGAGCUGAGGCCGAUGGCGCAGCUGGCGCAGGCGCAGCACCGGUCGAUGGACUCGAGAGACUCAUGGCGAAGUGAACCUUGGCUUGAUGAACAUCGGCCUUGUCAGGUGCUCUCACAGGUGGAAUAUGCGGUGGAGGUGAAGGAUGCAGCUUUUGGAUACAAACGCAUGUCUGCAACAGGCCUUAGCGAGACUUGUGUACUGAGCGCCGUGAACCUUCAGGUGAAGGCAGGUAGCUUUGUAAUGAUUGCUGGAGCCGUAGGCAGUGGCAAGAGUACUCUUUUGGCAUCCCUCGCUUGCGCGCGACCUGCUUUGCAUGGCUCUUGUCAUACAAACGGUCGCCGGGCGUACGUCCCUCAAAAGCCCUUCCUGCUAAAUGGAACCAUCCGAGAGGACAUCACCUUCGGACUUCCGUAUGAUGAGGAGAGGUACAACUCUUGCGUGGAAAUGGCAGCGUUGCCGGACGACUUGAAGACUUUGACGAGGGGAGAUUACACUUUGGUGGGUGAAAGCGGAGUCCAACUCUCUGGUGGUCAGAAGGCACGAGUAGCUUUAGCCCGAGCAAUCUACACGGAUGCUGAUGUGGUUUGUUUGGAUGACGUGUUGAGUGCAGUGGAUGCGCACACAGCUCGCUUCAUUUGGCAGAAGUGCUUUGUCGAGUUCUUUCUCAAGUCCAAGAAGACCCUCAUUCUCGUGAGCCACCAAAUCCAGUAUUUGUCACGACCAGAGGUUGACUCCAUCAUCAUGCUGCGAGAUGGGCAAAUUUGGCUGGAGGGACCUUGGUCAGUAUUGGCUCACAGUGGUGAUACCUUUCUAAGCCUUGUCCAAGCUUGGAAGGAAGAGGAAGAUGCCAAGGAUGCAAAGGAAAACACUCAGGAGCAUGCAAGUCAUGCAGAAGCACGUGGCAAAGAGAACGAGCAAAGUCGGGUUUUUCCUUCUGUCCUUGCUUCCAUUUCUCAGCAAGUAUGGCUUCAUGAAUGUCAAAGCGCUUUGGCAUCGGUCUUGGGAGCUUUAGAUGGAAGGAGGAUUGAUCGGAUGCUGAUUGAGCGUGUGCACCAAGCUUUGAGCGGUGAGCACGACACGGAUCUGGUGAGGGAAGGUUCAAUCUCAUGGCCAGACUUCAAAGUCUAUUUACAAGCUUUUGGUUCGACUUUGAUUAUUUCAUUGAUGUUGUUGCUGAUGAUCUUCUCAGCCAUCAGUCAGAUCAUGUCCACGCUAUGGCUUGCAGCAUGGACGGGUGGAACGGAAGAACGUAGCGAACGCGAAAGCGUGUUGAUCUACUUCGGCCUUGGUGUCUCCACAAGUCUGGCGAACUGUGUCCAAGCGGUUCUGCUGACAGCGGGUGCUCUUGCAGCUUCCCAUACCAUUCAUCAUGACAUGUUGCAUAAAAUUCUUGCUGCGCCGAUGUCCUUCUUUGACUCCUCGCCCACCGGGCGAGUGCUGAAUCGUUUCCUGCAAGACUUGCAAAACAUCGACAGCUUUGUUCCCAACUCCAUCUCAGACCAGAUCAUGAAGACUUUAAACAUCAUUACACAACUCUCUUUGAUCUAUAUCGAGGCCCCUUGGGUGCUUUGCACCUUGCCAGUGCUUGCUGUGCCAUACUCGAUGAUCUACCGAAGGAUGCGUAUCCCAAAUCGAGACAGCAGACGCUUGGAGAGUGCCGCACGGUCGCCCGUUUAUGCGCAUUUCAAUGACACCUUACAUGGCCGGGAAACCGUUCGGGCUUUUGGUGCGGAGGCGCGGUUUGAACAGGAGAACCUGAAACAUGUUGGCACAAUGUCGCAGGGCCUCUAUGGGAAUCAAGCAGUUGGAAAAUGGGCACAAGCGCUCACGACACAAUGGGGCUGCAUACUGUAUUGUGCCUCUGCUUUCGUUUGCGUCGAGCUGGCCCGGCAAGGGCGAAUGCCGGCGGGACACAUGGGUCUUGUUCUUCUCUAUUCGGCACAGCUUCAAAGGGACAUGAUGGAUUACAUGAUGGGCGCGGCAGAUGUCGAGACGAAGUUUGUGUCGGUGGAGAGGGUUGCCGAGUACAUGCGCUUGGACAGUGAGAUUGAUGCGGGAUCGAAUGAGACGAACCAACGCUGGAAAGGUGAAAUAGAAUUUCAAGCUGUGUCCAUGCGCUAUCGCCUUCACCGAGAUUUGGUGCUUCGAGGGAUCAGUUUAAAGAUCGAAAGCAAAUCCAAAUUGGCCUUCUGCGGCCGAACAGGUUGCGGGAAGAGCUCUCUUUUCAGUGUUUUGAACCGUCUUUAUCCUUUGGCAUCGGGCUCCGUCUUGCUCGAUGGCAUUGAUAUCAGCAACUUCCCUCUCCGCACGUUGCGAACGAAAGUUCGGGUUGUUUCGCAAGAAGCUUUCCUCAUCUCAGGCUCAUUAAGGCAAAACUUGACCAUGUCGUCACAAUCCGGUGGAAUAUCUGAUGACAUCUUGUGGUAUUGUCUUCGCGUGGUUGGAUUAGAAGAAAAGGUUCAAUCUCUUUCGGGUGCUUUGGACUUUGCAGUCGACAUGGCCGGGCAAAACUUUUCAGUUGGUGAACGGCAGCUUAUCACAUUAGCAAGGGUAUUGGUGCCCAGCUGUCCUUGCAGAAUAGAUGAUUGGGCGCCUCCGCCGGUACUUCUUUGUGAUGAAGCCACUGCAAAUAUCGACGUGGUGACAGACGAGAAGGUGCACGAUGUGGUGCUGUCUUUGGAGGCAACUGUUAUGAUGAUUUGCCAUCGCUUGCAGCACAUCCGACGUUUUGAGCGGGUCGUGGUUCUGGACGCGGGGACAUUGGUGGAACAAGGCCCUCCUAACAUCUUAUUGGAUGCAGAUCAUGAUGGAAGGAGCCAUUUGUCCCGCCUUUGUGCUGCUGCAGGUUUGUGAACGAGAGCCGCACUGAGCUGCGCAGGGAGACACGUGUACAGAGCUGAACAAGCGCCGUGAACAAAUUCGGUGAACACGGUGUCGAUAUGUUUUAUGUUUUGCGCUAGCAACAAGUGCCUUACUAGUAGUAACAAGAAGCUAUUAGAAACAAGAAGCUAUUGCGUUGGGAACCGCUCUUUCUGUCCGUAAUCUCCGGUGCCCAGGGGUGAGUUUCGACACACAGGAAACCGUUGCGGUGAAGGUGACGUGUAGUGUGAAGUGACAGUGCGGUGGUGAAGUGGGUUUGUGAGACACUUAUCGAAGCAGUGCAAGUGCCCAGCGCACUACAGGGGCGGGGGGAGG